GCGAUGCACCGAGAUGGUGUGCACUCCAAGUUCCUAGAGGAUGCUCACUGGGUGCAGCUCUGGCGCAAACACUUCGAAGGAAGUGCGCUGCUCGAUCCAGCUGUGCCCUUCAAGGAAUCCAUGCCAGAAACGUUCAGUGGGCACAACCUGCGGGUUCUUCAAUGGAACCUCCUCGCAGAAGGUCUUGUGCCAGAAGGGUUCAUGAUGCCGCUAGUGAGCCAGAAGCACGUCGAGAGAUCAGACACAUAUCUGGAGGAGCUUCUUCGCAAAAGCGGGCCGGAGGACUUGCAGAAUGCUGCCAGACUCGCCUCCCAGGGCUACAGAAGCUUCGUCUGGAGAGAAG